AUGGCUAACCUCUUCCUGACUUUCUCACAGGCGUUCUUUGAAACAGCAAGCAUGAUGAGGCAGGUGUCUCACAAGCACAUCGUCCUCCUCCAUGGAGUCUGCGUCCGUGACGUGGAAAAUAUCAUGGUUGAAGAGUUUGUUGAAUUUGGGCCUCUGGAUCUGUUAAAAAAAAGGAAGAGUGAAGUUCUGACAACUCCUUGGAAAUUCAAAGUUGCCAAGCAACUUGCAAGUGCUCUGAGCUACUUGGAGGAUAAAGAUUUGGUACAUGGAAAUGUAUGUACUAAAAACAUCCUUCUGGCAAGAGAGGGAAUUGACACGGAAUAUGGUCCUUUCAUAAAGCUGAGCGACCCAGGAAUACCGGUGACUGUGCUGUCCAGACAAGAAUGCGUUGAGCGGAUCCCCUGGAUUGCACCUGAAUGUGUUGAAGACUCCAAAAAUUUAAGCAUUGCAGCAGAUAAGUGGAGUUUUGGUACAACACUGUGGGAAAUCUGCUAUAAUGGAGAAAUACCACUGAAAGACAAGACGUUAGCAGAGAAGGAGAGGUUCUACGAGGGACAUUUUGUGUUGGCAACACCAUCGUGCAAGGAACUAGCUGACCUGAUGAAACAGUGCAUGAACUACGACCCCCAUCAGAGACCCUUCUUCAGAGCAAUCAUGAGAGACAUCAACAAACUGGAAGAACAAAAUCCCGAUAUCGUCUCGGAGAAGAAGCCGGUUACAGAGGUCGAUCCCACGCUCUUUGAAAAACGAUUCUUGAAAAGAAUCCGUGAUCUGGGAGAGGGCCACUUUGGCAAGGUUGAACUCUGCCGAUACGAUCCAGAAGGUGACAACACAGGGGAGCAAGUGGCAGUUAAAUCUCUCAAGCCAGAGAGCGGAGGGAAUCACAUCGCUGAUCUCAAGAAGGAAAUAGAAAUCUUGAGGAAUCUUUAUCAUGAGAAUAUUGUCAAAUACAAGGGGAUUUGCACAGAAAAUGGAGGAAGUGGGAUUAAACUCAUCAUGGAAUUUCUUCCUUCUGGGAGCCUAAAGGAGUAUCUCCCCCGGAACAAGAACAAAAUCAAUCUCAAACAACUUCUCAGAUACGCGGUUCAGAUCUGCAAGGGAAUGGACUAUCUGGGCUCCCGUCAGUAUGUGCACCGUGACUUAGCAGCAAGAAACGUCCUUGUUGAAAGCGAGAACAGAGUGAAGAUUGGAGACUUCGGUCUCACCAAAGCCAUCGAGACCGACAAGGAGUACUACACCGUCAAAGACGACCUCGACAGCCCCGUUUUCUGGUAUGCUCCGGAGUGCUUGCUUCAGAGCAAAUUUUACAUCGCCUCGGACGUCUGGUCGUUCGGGGUGACGCUGUAUGAGCUGCUGACCUACUGUGAUUCGGAGUCCAGUCCCAUGGCAGAGUUCCUGAAGAUGAUCGGCCCCACGCAGGGACAGAUGACGGUAGCGCGGCUGGUGCGUGUCCUGCAGGAAGAGAAGCGUUUGCCACGUCCACCCAACUGCCCCGAGGAGGUGGACCAGCUGAUGAGGAAGUGCUGGAUAUUCAAGCACGAUGAACGGACGACCUUUCACAAUCUGAUUCAAGGAUUUGAAACAAUUAUGAGUAAAAUGUAAUUAUUUUUUUUUUUAUAUAUAUAUAUAUUGUCAAUUCCUUAAAUGUGUGUCAAAAUAUAAAUGCCCAAAACUUCAUUUUUAUUUUUAACUACUGUAAUUUGUACUCUGACUGUGCUAAUGUGUGCAAAGGAUUCUUUUCCCAACA